AUGAAUUUGCGGCGCAGUCAAGAAGAUGAUAGUAUUGUCGUACCCUUAAAUGAAAAUGGAACGGAAAUUUCGAUAACGUCGACUGGCUCGGAAGCUACGGCAACUGUUAAAUUAUCAGAAUCAUUACCAACAGAAAAAAUAAUAAAUUCACCUGAACCAACUCCUAUAACAACAUCAUCAAAUCAAGAACCAUUCUUUCCAACCGAAACAUUGUAUACAUUAAAAUCAAUAACGAUUACAAACAAACCCUCAACUGUUACAGCUAAUCCUAAUACUAAAACUGAAAUACUAACCACAAUUACAACGAUCAUAAAUGGAACAUUAACUACAUUAACAUCUACGAUCAAAGUACCAAUUCCAACCGAUAUACCAACCGAUCCUACUCCAGCUCCAACGAAAGAUACACCACCACCUAAAGAUCCAGGUGUUGAAAAAUCUCCACCAAAAGAUGGAAAAACUCUUCCGGAUAAAGAUGGAGAUGAUGAUACAUCAAAUACACCGGAAGAAGAUGACGAUAAUGAUACAGAUAAAAAUUCAAAUCCUGUAAUACCUGAAAAAAAUGACAAGGAACCUGAAGUUUCCAAAGACCCAGAAGAACCUAAAGUUGUGGGAGAAGUACCGGUGGGUGAUAAAAAACCUGGAGAGGCUAAAUCACCAAAAGGCGGCAAAAAAAAUAAAGUGCCAAAAGGGACUAAAGAACCUAAGGUUCCGGAAGAAGGUGGGGUGCCAAAGAAACUAAACGUUCCCGGAAAUGGUGGGGUGCCAGGGGGUGGUAAGGAACCCAAAGUUGCCGGGGCUCCAGGGGAUGGUAAAGAACCCAAUGUUCCCGGAGAUAGUGGGGUUCCAGCGGGUGGAAAGGAACCCAAUGUUCCCGGAGAUGGUGGGAUUCCAGCGGGUGGUAAGGAACCCAAUGUUCCUGUACCUGGAGAACCAGGCGGUGGCAAAGAACCAGAAGUUCCAGUGAAUGGUGGUGCACCCGUUGGUAACAAAGAACCAGGUGUGCCGCCGGGAGAGCCAGAAACAUCAGAUGGUCAAGGAUCAAAAACGCUGUCGCCGGGAGGAUCUAAAGGAAAUAAACCAGAUGAUGAUACGGGAAACAGUCAUAUUUUGGGACCGGUAAUUGGUGGUAUUUUAGCGGGUAUAGCAGCGAUUGGAAUAAUAGCAAUAAUAUUAUGUAAAAGGAACAAAACAUGUACAGAUAAGGAACAAGUGGAAUUAACAGCGAGUGAUUUAAUGGAAUCAGGUCAACCUUCUCCAGCAGCUCCACCGGAAGUUUAUCUUCGACAACAAAAUCGAACUAGCGCAAAUUCCUCCAUUGUAUCAACCAUAUCUUCAUCAUCAUUGAGAAUUAUUUCUGCAAUAAAAAAUUCUGUUUCUAAUAUCCUUCCAAUACCAAAUGAUGCUGCCAAUCUUACCGGUCGAAGCAAAUUUAUUGAACAAAUGUAA